ACAGGCGCCUAGAGCAUCGCCAGGUGCAGAGCUCCACAGCUCUCUUUCCCAAGGAGUGAUCAAGGGUGAGAACGUGGAGCCUGGUGGACAGGUGAAGGCAUUGGGAUCUUUCUGCCCAGAAAGGGGAAAGUUGCACAUUUAUAUCCUAGAGGGAAGCGACAGCGGUGCUCCUCCCUGUGCUGAAGUACAGGAGCCAUGUGGCUAGAAAUCCUCCUGACUUCAGUGCUGGGCUUUGCCAUCUACUGGUUCAUCUCCCGGGACAAAGAGGAAACUUUGCCACUUGAAGAUGGGUGGUGGGGCCCAGGCACGAGGCCCGCAGGCAGGGAGGACGAGAGCAUCCACCCUUUCAAGGUGGAAACGUCAGAUGAGGAGAUCCACGACUUACACCAGAGGAUCGAUAAGUUCCGUUUCACCCCACCUUUGGAGGACAGCUGCUUCCACUAUGGCUUCAACUCCAACUACCUGAAGAAAGUCAUCUCCUACUGGCGGAAUGAAUUUGACUGGAAGAAGCAGGUGGAGAUUCUCAACAGAUACCCUCACUUCAAGACUAAGAUUGAAGGGCUGGACAUCCACUUCAUCCACGUGAAGCCCCCCCAGCUGCCCGCAGGCCGUACCCCGAAGCCCUUGCUGAUGGUGCACGGCUGGCCUGGCUCUUUCUACGAGUUUUAUAAGAUCAUCCCACUCCUGACUGACCCCAAGAACCAUGGCCUGAGCGAUGAGCACGUUUUUGAAGUCAUCUGCCCUUCCAUCCCUGGCUAUGGCUUUUCAGAGGCAUCCUCCAAGAAGGGGUUCAACUCGGUGGCCACCGCCAGGAUCUUUUACAAGCUGAUGCUGCGGCUGGGCUUCCAGGAAUUCUACAUUCAAGGAGGGGACUGGGGGGCCCUGAUCUGCACCAAUAUGGCCCAGCUGGUGCCCAGCCACGUGAAAGGCCUGCACUUGAACAUGGCUUUGGUUUUAAGCAACUUCUCUACCCUGACCCUUCUCCUGGGACGGCGUUUCGGGAGGUUUCUUGGCUACACUGAGAGGGAUGUGGAGCUGCUGUACCCCGUCAAGGAGAAGGUCUUCUACAGCCUGAUGAGGGAGAGCGGCUACAUGCACAUCCAGUGCACCAAGCCCGACACCGUGGGCUCUGCUCUGAAUGACUCUCCUGUGGGUCUGGCUGCCUAUAUUCUAGAGAAGUUUUCCACCUGGACCAAUACGGAAUUCCGAUACCUGGAGGAUGGAGGCCUGGAAAGGAAGUUCUCCCUGGAUGACCUGCUGACCAACGUCAUGCUCUACUGGACAACAGCAACCAUCGUCUCCUCCCAGCGCUUCUACAAGGAGAACCUGGGACAGGGCUGGAUGACCCAGAAGCAUGAGCGGAUGAAGGUCUACGUGCCCACCGGCUUCUCUGCCUUCCCUUCUGAGCUAAUGCACACGCCUGAAAAGUGGGUGAGGUUGAAGUACCCGAAGCUCAUCUCCUAUUCCUACAUGGCUCGUGGGGGCCACUUUGCAGCCUUUGAGGAACCGGAGCUGCUCGCCCAGGACAUCCGCAAGUUCCUGUCAGUGCUGGAGCGGCAGUGACCACCCCACACAGCCCCCUGCCUCCCUCCACAAGUGCCCUCCAGGCUUUUCUUUGGGAAGAUACCCCUUUUCUGAGGGAUGAGUUUGCCUCCAUCCCCUGCCCAUGCUGGGAGCCCACGCUUACCCCCUCACCCCUCCAAACUCACUCCCCAAUCCCCAACUCUGUGUGAUAAGCAAUAUGGCCUUGAUGAUAAAUGACUUUGCU